AUGGCUCGUUACAAUCGCGAACCUAGGGGCCAAGCAAGUAACCUGAAGCGCUUCCGUCACCUGUUUAUGAUAGAGAUCUACAUCGGGGGCCUAGGUUGGAGAGGAGUGGUCAAGACUCUGCGACUUGCUACCAAAGUAGCGCUUUCUAUUUCCUCUACGGAGUAUCCUCCUCCGUCGGACUGCGCGACGAGCUAG